AUGAGCUACGGAUCUGAAGUCUUUUCCUCCUCCUCCUACCGGAAGAUUUUCGGGGAUUCUCCCCGUUAUGCGUCCUCUCCUUCGCGGACAGGGGUGAACAUGUCCUCACGGGGAGGCUACCGCUCCUCCUCUCUAUCCCGGAGCAACAUUUCAUCCCUGGGCUCGCACAGCAGAAAGUCCGGCCGCUCCUACUCGUCCAUGCCGCUGGAGACCUUCGACCUGACACAGAGCAGCGUCCUCAGCAACGAGUUCAAAAUCAUCCGCACCAAUGAGAAGGAACAAAUGCAGGGUCUUAAUGACCGCUUUGCGAUGUUCAUCGAGAAAGUGCGCAACUUGGAGCAGCACAACAAAGUGCUGGAGACGGAGUUGACUGCGCUGCGCCAGCGGCAGACCGAGCCGUCCCGCUUGGCCGAGCUCUACCAGCAAGAGAUCCGCGAACUGCGCUCCCAGCUCGAGGAGCUGAACGGGGAGAAGUCCCAGCUCCUGAUCGAGAGGGACAGUAUUGAGGACGACCUGCAGAAACUCAGGGGGAAAUACGAGGAUGAGUUCCGUGCCCGGGAGGAGGCGGAGGCCACCCUCAAGGCUUUUAAGAAAGAUGUGGACGACGCCACCAUGGUGCGCCUGGACCUGGAGAAGAAGGUGGAAUCUCUGCUGGACGAGAUCAACUUCCUGAGGAAGGUGCACGAAGAGGAGGUGGCCGAGCUGAUGGAUAUGAUCCAGGCCGCCCAGGUGUCUGUGGAGAUGGAGGUGUCCAAGCCGGAUCUCACCUCCGCCCUCAAAGAGAUUCGAGGCCAGUACGAGUCCAUGGCGUCCAAGAACCUGCAGUCCGCCGAGGAGUGGUACAAGACCAAGUUCGCCGACUUGUCCGAGCAGGCCAACCGGAGUAACGAGGCCAUCCGCGCCAGCAGGGAGGAGAUGAACGAGUUCAGGAGGCAGCUGCAGUCCAAGACCAUCGAGAUCGAGAGUCUGAGGGGCACCAACGAGUCUCUGGAAAAGCAGCUCCGGGAGAUGGAGGACAGGCACAGCGUGGAGAUCGGAAACUACCAGGACAGCAUGGCAGAGCUGGAGAAUGAGCUGAGGACCACUAAGAGCGAGAUGGCUCGUCACCUGAGGGAGUACCAGGACCUGCUGAAUGUGAAGAUGGCUCUGGAUAUUGAAAUAGCAGCUUACAGGAAACUACUGGAAGGCGAGGAGACCCGCAUCGGGACUGGGAUCACCUAUCCUGGCCUCUCCAUGAGCGCAGGUGCUGGGCAAGGCUACAACUACCAGUCCCGCAUCUACACCAGCUCCAGCAGGGGCUCCAAGAAGGAGGGCAAGGACGAGGACCAGCAGCAGCAGAGCAAGUCUGGAGCCAAGGCCUCCCAGCGUGAGGUGUACGAGGAGACAGUGGUCACCACCAAGAAGAUGGAGAAGCAGCAAGACUCCAGCGAUAUUCCCACCAAUCAGAAAAACUAAGAGCCUUCUGUAAGCUUGUUUCUGACCCCUGAAGCUUCCCUUCUACCCUGCAAACCCGAACCUCUCUUCAUUUCCCCUCCUGAAACAAACCCCGCGCCUUUGCUCUCAAGCACUUGUGGGAGUCUUAGACAACAGCACUGCUUUUGCCUUCCUAUUCGAAUCAUAGUGAGGUGGUCAUGAUUUGUGUCUGAGCUAUUGCGUGCUGGAUGCCCACAAGUGUGCGGAGUGCAGGCCCUGGGUGUUUGUUUUAGGUGGGGUUUAUUCCUCCUCAUCCCCUUGGUCCCCCACAUGUGUUCCCCAAAGGAAAUCAAUUCCAACCCUACCGUAACUGUCACUCUAUUCAAAACCACAGUACAUCUGUCGUCUCCCUUUCACACUCUCAACAUCAGACAAGCACUUAGGUAGCAUCUCUUACCGAGGUACGGUCUUUCUAACUACAAUAUUCUACUGGUCUUUCACACUUUGGGCUAAUGCUGCAUCAAUAUGUCAUACUGACACACAGUAGAUCAUAACUCUGGUCCUUCACUGUUACCACAAGCUGUGAGAAACUCUCAACACAUUCCAAUGGAAGCACAUGUGUGUGAGUGUUACUGUGCGCAUUUCAAGUGCAAAAGAUUCAACUCGCAUCAGCCGGUGUCGUUUAUUCGUUCUACAUCCACUUAUACGUUGCAAAUACAAUUAUUCUUGAUAUAAUAGUAGCAAUUUAGUGAUGAAGCACACAGUCUACAGUUGCAGCAAUCCUGCCAAAAUAAAUGAUAAUACAUGGUCGCGUCUUGCUGAGCCAUUAUUUUGAGUCUCUUUACUAAAACUGGAGUUCAUAAGCAAAAUGUCUGCUUAAAUCCCCCCUUGCACAAUUUUUUUGAUCACGGUCCAGUCGGCUCUGCAUGACAACAGUAUGAAAGAGGAUGAGCACUCCUUUAACUUCCCAGUGAAGUUUCGCUCUCAGAAGUAGAUUGCUGCAGCCAUUUAAACGAGAACUGAAGCCAACGAGAAAACAAGUGUAUUAACGUAUCGAGGAUAAUUUGCAUGGUGUAUGUAGAUGUCAUGCUUGCAUGGAAUCCAUCAGCGCAUCGCCCAUUCGGCACAAUAUCGUUGUUUGAAGUUAAAAGGUUGGUCAUCUACCAUGCUGAGCAUCAUCGCGCAAAACGCCCAACUGUAGUAGACAUGUGCUUGUUAGCCUGUAGGCUAGAUUUGAAGACUAUUGUUAUAGCUCUUUCUGUAGGAUGUGAUUUAGGUAGGAUACAGAUCUUUGCUGCUGAGGCUAUGAGGAUAGGAAGGGAAGAUCCUAUUUAAGGCACUUAUGCAAGUUUAUCAAACUACAUAUUUGGUAAUAAUAUGUGAUAAGAUGGAUACAGGGAAAAGCAAAGCACAGAUGCUUUAAAGGAGGAAAAAUGCAGCUAAUAUAAUAAGAAAAGGGAUUUUCCUCUAGUCUAUUAGACUGAAUUUUGAAUUCCACUUUAGCACAAAUGUACAAGAUCUUGUAUGAUCCAUCCAUGUAACACCAUUACCCAUGUGCCAUCCAUGAUGCUUUUGAGCCCCAGAAUCCAUACCAUAUCGCUCAGCCAGAGGCAAAACCAACGCCAUCAGCACUCAAAAUACACCUCAGAUUCAGUCAGAAGCUGCUAGACCACGAUGUGUUUGAAACAACGUGACCUCGCUCUUCAUAACUGUGGCCAUGACUGGAUAAAAUGUCUGUUGUAGUGCGACCUCACCACUAGAAAUCCUUCAGUACGAGAGACUUACAGCUUGUUUUUCUGCUUGUGCACUGCCGACGUUAACACAGCUGUCUUGUUCUGCUGCUGCUGCUGCUGGUCAUGGCGAUCCACGCCCUGACAAACUGCACUCACAAAGAAAACAAAAAACUAUUGAUUGUACAGCAGACUGUUCUGGAUUGGACUGGUUCCUUUUGUCUUACUUGAGGCUGGUGAUAAGUAUCUUAGUACUGUAGUGAGUGUGUUUAUAUCUCUACACAGUGGCCUAUCAUAACUAUUUGAGGGGCAGAAAAUCUGAAAGUUAGUAAAUUUAAGUGUAAAGCAGGCAAAAAAUGAAUAAGAACUUCUAAAUAUCAGCAGCAUUUUAUAGUAUACAGCUAUAACAAUGUAUGAGUGGCUCAUGGGUGCAAAUGUCAAGCGUUUGUCUUUACACUGUAAACCAAAAGAGUUUUCAUUGGUGCGACGUCUGAAGAAAAAAAUGUCACUAGUACUACAGCACUGCCAAACUUUUCUAAGUGCACACGCAGGACACCACUUCAUGGAAAAACAUCAAGUAUUUUCUGAAAAGACAGCGCGCCACCACUCCAAAACCAACAAUCAAGAUUUAGCCAUAGAACAAAUACUGUAGGAUGUAAAAUGCCUUAAAACACCAGCAGCUUUUAUUCUGGCCAUGUGUGUGAUGUGUAUGAUUCUGUUCAGUGGGGUGUUUAAUCAUAUCUCUUUAUUAGUAUCUAUUAGAGCUACCAUGACUACAAAAGCAUAGGGAUUGAAUGUAGUUGACGUGCUAUUCUCUUUACUGUU